GUACUGUAAGAAAUAUGAGGCUCGAACAGAUCAUGACAUACAUAUGUCUUAUGUAAUUACAGGUCGGUGUUAGUCGAGGCAGGGCACAGUCUGACAUUGUGAGGCUUUUAUUUUGAAGGUCCAGGGUUUCUGCUAAUAUUAGCAACAAUCAGCUGAUCGCUCACAGCUGAGCUUUGGUGGCGACUCUGAUACACACACGACUUCAGCGGUAACUAGACGGUCUAUCAAACCUUAUUUCUAACUAGGCUGUAAUGUCGGUGAGAAUGAGUUUAUAUGAAGCUGCCGUGUUGUUGCCGUGAGCUAACGUAGCAUUAGCUUCUGACGGGAUGUGGAUGAUGUAAACAAACCGGUUUUCAUCAUCCACAUUUUUACAGUUUACAUCCGCCGUUUGCUGUUAGUGUUAUUAUCACCAUUAAGAAUAUUUCAUCAUUUCUAGUUCUCUUAUGUCUGCCCUGGUGUGUGCUGAUAUUCGGUCUUAGAUUAGUUUAACAACUGUCUAUUUUCUCUUUCAUACAGGUACUGAAGGUCAUUUCGAAACUAAAAGUAAACAUUGGGUUGUAGCCCACAGGAUCAACAUGGCCCCCACCCUUGUAAGAAAAUGAUAAGAGCAUGAGCGUACAGAAAGCUCAACCAUAGCGCUUUUAUUGUGUAGAAACUACUAUUCUUUAUAUAUAGUGGAGAGUGGGGUAAGAUGAGCCAUUUUUCAUAUAUUGGAUCACUACAUCAAGGCAAUCAUAGUUUUGUCUCUAACUAGUGUAUCUGCAUAUAUUUCAAGAUGUUGUGCAUCCCUGCAAACCAACAGAAUGGGUGUAAACAGACCUGUCUUGAUAAUACAGCAUGCCAAAAAAAGUGGUCAACUAAAUAUUUGGUCACAUGAUCAAUUUCUUUUACCAUUUCCAAGAAACAGGCUCAAGUGGCUCAACUUAUUCUUUGGCUCAUCUUACCCCACUCUCCCCUACACUAAAAGUGUUGUCUUUGUUUCAUUAUUUCCAUGCCAUGUGUUAUGUAGUCACUGAGAAACUAUUCCUGAUGCAAACAUUUUCAAUGUUUUCUUCCAACUCAAGUAUGACGAGAAACCAGAGGUUGGGGACUUGAUUGAGAUCUUCCGUGGCAACUAUCAGCACUGGGCUGUGUAUGUUGGCGAUGGAUUUGUGGUUCACUUGGCACCCCCAUGUAAGUACCACAGUCAGACAUACACAAACACACAAUAGCACUCAUGCACACACUGAGCCAUCUGGCCAAAAUGUUGACCUAUCCCAGCCCUUUAAUGGAAAACAGCUUUGAGUGACAGCACAUUUUUUCACAAAACCACACUGAAAUUGUAUCUGUGCAUUUUUUUUACUCCAGUGUUUAAAAUUAUGACAAUUUAUUCAUAUAUAGCUGAGGUCCCAGGUGCAGGUGCCAGCAGCAUGAUGUCUGUCCUAGCAGAGAGGGCCGUGGUGAAGAAAGAGGAGCUGUGGGAAGUAGUGGGGACAAACAAAUGGGAAAUCAACAAUAGCCUUGAUGAUAAGUACCAACCUCGUCCGGCUCAUGUCAUUGUGAGGGAGGCCAAUGCCUUGGUGGGACAUGAGCUGCCGUACUGUGUCUUCAGGGGGAACUGCGAACAUUUUGCGAAUGAACUGCGAUAUGGAAAAGCAGAGUCCCGGCAGGUGAGUCCUCACCAAUAUUAGUCUUGUACAGCAAAGGUAUUUCUCUUUUUUGAUUUGUUUGGCGGAGAGGUUGUACUAAAAUGCAUAACAGUGGUUUGGUCAGGAAUGUGAUUUAAAACAUGGUAAUUGUGCUUUAGAGAUUAGUACUGCACUGUUCAUAGAUGAAACACACCGGGGGGGAAAUCAACUACCAGAAGGGACAGAGGAUUAUAAUCGCGUAAAGUCAGGAGAGAGAGGAGGGCAUAUGAAAACUUAAGAAUACUAAGUCACGUUUACCCAGAUCCUACAACUUUUAAACCACACUGGGUUGUUUAAUGAAGGCAGUUCUCUCUUUUGCACUCCUUGUUUACUGACAACAGUAUUUACCAGAUAUGGUCAGGGACAACAAAGUUCUUGGUUAACCACCACAGCUUUCACAGUUUUUUUGUCAAUCCAACCAGCCAAGAUAGAGAUGCUGUUUUUGCAUUGAUUUGGGCCAUAUUCAAAAUAGGACUUAAAAAAUAAACUACAAAAUGAAAGUCAACUAAGACCUAAUUUGUAGUUCACAAGUUAAAGGCAUCGUAUUGCUAGAGUAAAGUUAUAUAACACAAAAAACAAAUUCAUGUCAGUAUUUUUGAUGGCACUAUCCAAACAUCUCCUCAUUACAUGUCAAAAAAAAGGGAAAUCUUGGUGAUAAUUCCUGGUAUUUUAUCUCCAGAGAUGUGUUUUAAAAUAGUUUGUUUUUGUUCAUUAUUAUGAUUAUUAUUAUUUUAUUUUAAGGCUGAUAGCAUCCUUGCACAGUCUCUUGAACUGUAUGUUUCCCUCUGCAGGUCCGUAAAGCAGGAGAAGUUGUCAUGGUUGCAGGCGUGGCUGCAAUGGUGGGUUUUGGCGUCUUCGCUCUGGCGAGUGCUUUGUUUGGAGGCAGCAAAAAAGAAAACAAGAAUGAAAAGUGAUUCAAGCCCCUGAUGCUUGAUGAUGGUAUAUAUUAACAGAUCACCAGCAGAGCCUAUGUAGUAUAAAACUGUCUGCCACUUCUGACAACAACUAUCAGUGUCAUUGGGAGAAUUUUUAUUAACUUCAUGGCUUCCCCUUUAACCACUGUCAGCCCUUCAUUCUGUCUUUGGUUUGAAUAACAGCAGACUAGAUGGUUUUGGAUUAACACUCUGUAUUUUUCAGCCUUUUUCGGAUUUCUAAAUGCAGCUCCACAUACAGUACUCCUUAACAAGGUGCCAAUAUGAUGUAAAUUUAAAUGUUUUGUAAAAAGAUUGAGGAUUUAAAAGCUGUUUUGUAAGACUAUUGUAGUGUCUGGGAGUCACUUGGGAGGCCUUUUUGUCGUGAAAAAAGAAGUCGGUAAAGAAAUGCUAGUAACUUGAAUGAAAUCCACAAAUGUAUUUGUAAUCUCAACAAUGGAUUCUGUUUUUCAAAACUCUAACAGCUUUCUUACAGAUAUUUAUAACAUGAUGAGUUUAAUAUAAAGAAGUUGUAUCUAACAGAUAAGCUAUGGUUUGUAACAUACACUUAAUCAACAAGUGGUAGAUAUUUGGUAAUGUAAGUCCUGGGUGAUAUUUCACUGAACCAAUUUUACACCUGUGCAGUGGUCUUAUAACUGUCAGUUUGAUGUCAUCUUUGUAACGGCAUGUCUCUUUGGCUUUUAAAUGUUUGUAACUGUUUGAAUAAAGAAUAACUGGGUAUGA